GCCUCGCCCCCUGGGCCCCCUCGCGUGUUCCUUCGGGCCCCGCUGCGUCGGGAUGAGCCGGGUUGCUUCCUCAUGGAGACCAAGAAGGCCGAGAUUCCCAGCAGCGUCCUGGACGACCUGUGUAGCCGCUUUAUUUUGCACAUUCCCAGUGAGGAACGAGACAAUGCUAUCAGAGUAUGUUUUCAGGUUGAGCUUGCCCAUUGGUUUUAUUUGGAUUUCUACAUGCAGAACACACCAGGAUUACCUCAGUGUGGGAUAAGAGAUUUUGCUAAAGCUGUUUUCAAUCAUUGCCCUUUUUUACUGCCUCAAGGUGAAGAUGUGCAGAAGGUUUUAGAUGAAUGGAAAGAGUAUAAAAUGGGAGUGCCAACAUAUGGUGCGAUUAUUCUUGAUGAGACACUUGAAAAUGUGCUGCUGGUUCAGGGUUACUUAGCAAAGUCUGGCUGGGGAUUUCCAAAAGGAAAAGUGAAUAAAGAGGAGGCACCACAUGACUGCGCUGCUAGAGAGGUUUUUGAAGAAACUGGUUUUGAUAUAAAAGAUUGUAUCAAUAAAGAUGAUUAUAUUGAACUAAGAAUCAAUGAUCAGCUGGCACGCUUGUACAUCAUUCCAGGUAUUCCAAAGGACACAAAAUUUAAUCCCAAAACAAGAAGAGAAAUUCGGAACAUUGAAUGGUUCUCCAUUGACAAACUGCCUUGCCACAGGAAUGAUAUGACCCCGAAGUCCAAGCUAGGUUUGGCACCUAACAAGUUUUUUAUGGCAAUUCCAUUCAUCAGACCGUUAAGAGAUUGGCUUGCCCGACGGUAUGGAGAUUCCUCAGAUAGUGACAAUGGAUUCUCAUCCACCAGUAGUACACCACCUAAACCACACACAGAAAAAAUGAGAUCAAAGCUUCAUUAUAGCCAGCAAGCACUAGCAGAUGGUCCUUCAGGAGAUCAGUGGACAAAGCAUAGACAGCUGCAACAACAAAAGCCAUACAACAAUCAUUCUGAGAUGUCUGAAACUUUAAAACUAAAGACCAUACGAGGCAAUGGCAGAAAGCAAUACCAAGACUCUCCUAACCCAAAGAAGAGAACAAAUGGUGUCCAUAGUCAGCCAGCUAAACAGAAUCAAACUUUGAAAUGUGAAAAGAAGUUGCAUCCAAGAAGACUUCAUGAUAACUUCGAAACAGAAGCUGCAUAUGAUGUGUGUUGUGCCAGUGAAGACCAACUCCUAGAACAUGGACAAUCGGUGUCAUGCAAUGGCCAUUGCAAAUUCAGUUUCUCCUCACGGGCUUUUCUGUGCUUCAAGUUUGACCACGAUGCUAUCAUGAAGAAUUUUGACCUCUGACAAAUGAGCAGGCAUCAGACCUGGCUUGAGUGCAGUUGAGUUGGUUUCCUAAAUCCAGCCUUUAUUCUUUCUCAGGUUUUAAAGCAAUGCAGGGACCUAGUGAAGGACUGGGAAGCUUUGUUAUCAUUGCAGUAUGGAAGUGGCAUCAUACAGUGUUGCACUUUAAAUGCAGUAUAGCUUUUACCUACAGAAACAUUUUCCAGUGUUCAUUUGCUAGUUCCUAACUAUGCAUUAGAGGGCAUUUGUUUUUUAUUUGUUUAACUUGCUGUGUGUUUUUAGAGUUCAGGAGUAUUUUAGCAUUAGUGGUAUACUAACGGAGACAUUUAAAUUGCUUUGAUGUAUGUAGUUUAUUAAUUUCCCAGAUUUCACAACAGGAUUGCAACCCAAAUGAAACUUCUCUGGACAUCAGGUUGAGUAUCUGAUUUUAUGUAGACCUUUUAUGGAUCUUGUAGGCUAACAGCAAACUUCUGUUUUGUUCUUCAGAAUAAUUAUUCUGGCUUUUUGUAGCCAGAUUCUCCUUUUGUUCUUUGUUGCACUGUACUAGAACUCUUUAUAUGGCCAUGUUGUUUUAAAUUGUGUUAACAUCUUGAGAUGCUGGAUUCUGACCUCAACCAAUUUUUGAGUCUCAGUGGUUUUCAUGGCUGUUCAUCCAUGACCAAUUUGCUUUUUGUGUGCUAGUAUUGUUGUUUAUCUCUCUUGAACUGGCUAAUCAAAAUAUCUUCAACUCGAAAAAUGCAGCUACUUUGAAGAUGCAACAAGGCAAAAAGAAGAUUUGGGGAAACAAUUUACCAUCUAGAAUGUAAACUCGUCUUUAAGAUUCUGCAGUUGGCAAAUUCAGCUAAGCAGUGCCAGUUCACUGCUUCAUCAGGUUUGUAAUUGUGCCACAGUUCCCUUGCAGAAUUCUACCCUGUAAUAUUUUGAUUAAUAUGUAGUGAGUGUAUUGUUUAAGAAGUAGCUGCAGAUGCAUGAGAAAUUAACGGUUGAAUAAAACAUCUAUCAAAAUGUGAAAAAGGUAGCAGCAGAGAGCAGACUGCAAGAGAACUAAGUUAGAAAUAACUACCCUCAAGUUGUGCUGAAGGAAAGUUUGAAUAUCUGAAUGUAACUCUCCUGAAGAACUGCUGAUAGAUGUCUCCCUCCCCCAGCCAUUACUUUUGCAGUGUGUGUCAGUAUUUCAGAUUUCUAAAUUUUUGUCUAGGAGAGGUAGAUGUUUAAGCUGGAAAGUUUGGUGAGUCUGUACUAUUUUGGAUGGUGCCCCUGAAACACAACUUGUUCUUUUGCAAGCACCUUCUAAAUUCUUGAUGAGAACUGUAUAAGAAAGCUCUUAUAUAAAGUAUUGAUUUCCCCCCCUUCGCCGUGGAGAAAGAGGAUCAAAUUAGUUUCCAUGUGAACUCAGUUUUGUUUCCAAGUCAUUUUUUUAAAUUGUUGAGUAGGCCUACCAAAAUUAGUUUAAAUCGAUAAAUUCAUUGGAUUUGUUGAUCUCUUAAGAGUAAAAUAGUUGAAGGGCAGGUGAUGAGUAGCUAUACCCCUUUUUUUUAAUCUGGUCACCUUCAUAUAAGGGGAAACAAUGCUCAGUAUUUACUGCAGCUUGACUUUUUUUUAGCAAAGAGUGCCUAACUUUCCAGCUUCUCAUCCAUUGCAAAUUGGAUUUUCAAGUUACUUGUGCCAAACAACAUCUUACAUGUAGCUUGGUUUCCCAGGUAUGUUAAUAUUGCUUCCUUUCCAUAUAACAGUUGAAUGGAUAAUAGGAAUACUGGCACAGUUGUGUGAAUCUUGGCAUUUGAAAUGGAUUUUUUCUUGGCAUGAAACUUUAAAUAGCUUCUCUUGGCAAUAAGAGAGAGAAUGGAAUAAUGACAAGAUCUGCCCUCCAUGUAAAGUGUAACUUCCAUUUUGUAAAAAAAUCUUUCUUAGAAGAUAUUCUAAGGAAUUAACUUGUCUGUCUUCAUGAAGAAUUUCCCAAAUGCUAGAAAAACUAAUUUGGAUCUAAUUGAUUCUAAAAACGAAUCUAGCCUUAAAAUGGGUAGCAAGUAAACAUGAUACAUAUGCAAUAUUUUUCCAGUUUAAAAGGUACCGUAUUUCAAAGCUGUAUGUGUUUGCUAUCAUGUCUUAAAGUGGUUGGAUAUGAACUACUUUAUGGGUUCCUUUGGUGCCCUGCACUGUGAACAUUUCAGGUUGUUUACUUUGUUGGUUUGUAUAUUAUAUUUUUUGCUUGUAAAGUGUUUAAAUGAGUCAUUUUAUACCUAUGUAUUAUUCUGAAGUGCAGGCAUAUGGUUUACAUGGAUUUCUUUAAAACAAUGAAGAAAUGGCAACUUGAUGAUUGUAACAGAUUUUUCUCUUGUCUGAUGCGGGCAUUUUAAAAGAUGGGAAUAAACGAUCUGUGAAUAAAUUUGAGAUCAUUUUAAUAGAAGGAUCUUAUUGCAGGCAAAUGGGACUCCAUGCUAUAAGAAGAGAUGUUGACAAUCUCUCUUUUGCCACGCCUAAUUGAAUUGUGAAUGUUGUUUAUCUGGUCCUUAAGUCAAAUGACUUCUGUUACAGCAGCAAAGAAUGUUCGACAGACAGAAGGCUUUACAGAGGAUACUUAAGAAAUGCAUAUUUACCUUUUCAGGACAAUGGUUUUAUGCGCAUGUUAAGGGAAAGCUUUGAUCUUUAUAUACUUUUGGUAACUUUGGCAAUUUUUUUGUUGGUCAUUCUCUGGUAUCUAGUUGGGUUGCCUGUUGUUGAAAGCUUUUGUAUCUAGUACUUGAGUUUUUCAGAGAGAGAAGGAGGAGUACAAUUUUUACAGAUAACUGCUCCAAGCUCAUCCAGGGUUUACAGGCAGCCAUUAGUUUUAAACUAUUUCUGUGCUAAUGUUAAUACUUUGCUUUUCAGAAUAACGUUUAGUAGUGCUAUAUGACUAUUGUGUAACACCCUUUAAGUCUUAUUUUUGCCUGUCACAACCCUAUCAGGUGCUGGUUGUAGUAAAAGCGUGGUGGCACCAGCUCUUUGCAAGUCAUGGACAAUUGCUGCAGACAAAGAGUUUGGUUAGCUGUAUUGAUACUGCUAAAGUUAGAAAUUCCCUGGUUCACAAUAUGAACUUCAGCAGCUUUUGCUGUUUGUUGGGAGCAUGAAGGUGGAAACCUUCCCUCUCUCUCGAGUAUGACUAUAAUAGGAAGGCAAGGUGGUGCCCUCCCUCCCCCCCGGUUCUUGGAAUGCAACUACAUCAGUGUCUCAGGGAUGUUGGGACUUUAUGUCUUCCUGGGUAAGGUGUCCUGGAAAAAUGACAUUUCCUAGGACAUGCUGUAACAUUCUAGGUGUCAAGAAGGUGAAGAGAAUCCACUGUGGCAAGUAGGAAGGCUUGGGGCUGGGGGUUCAUGAAGUGUGUGAAAGAGACCUGUUCCCUCCCUGCAGAGUAUCAAUGGGGUGGAAACAAGUUCUUCACAUAACGUCUGACGAAGCAAGGACAGGAAGGUUGUGCCUUUAUAGUUUCCUUUCCAUUUUUGCCCUGUCUGAAAUGGAACUUAAGUAUCUCUCCUAACCAGGAAUAACAAACUAUCUGAAGCCAUUUUCCAUUGGGUUUCCUAGCUGCCUGUACAGAUUUUGUCUGUACAGGCAAAUGGGGCAUGUAUUCAUUUCUGGUGCUUAUAAUAGAAUGACGAUAAUUCAGCACACACUGUGAAGGCAUUCUUUCCUAUGGCUGAAGCUUAGGUAUGUUCUUAAAUAUAUGUAACUUUUUCAAGAAGUGAAAGAUACUUGGACUGAAAAUGAUAACUUUUUUGCUAUCAGCACUGACAGGUACAAUAUAUCUUGUAUGCUUAUAUUCAUUGUAAAUGUCAUGAUUUCCCCAAGUAGACUGUUUGAAUUAGUCACAAUGGAAAGGUAUAAGAAACCUUUUCACUGAUUUGUUGGAAAUCAUGAAGAGACUGAAGUCUUGAUAGGUUUGAACUAAUCAGCGAGUUUUUAGAAUUUACACACAGACUAAUAGUUUCGAACAGAGAAUUGCCAGCAUCUAAAUAAUGUUCUGUGUACCUGGCUUGCUUUGGAUUUGUUUUCCUUGAGCAGCAGCACCCCAUUAACAUGCCUCAGACUACUGCUUUUGCAAUUCGGGCAUAUGCCCAAAGCAGUUGGAUCGCAUGGGUGUUGAUGCUGGGGUAGGGAAUCCUCCUGGACACGUUAACCUUUGAGAGUGUUGAAAGUAAUUCUUUAUAACUGGGCUAGUGUAGUUUCCUUUUUUAAAAAAACCCAACAAACAGUGCCCUCUAGAGUAAAGUAUAAAAACUGGACUUCUAAAAUAAAGGAAGUUCUGCAUGGGUUUUUGUUUUGAAACUGGAGCAACUCUUUUACUAAACUCAUUUCACUUCAAAUUAUUUCUGAGGAGGUAAAAGACAAAACAAACAGUUCAGUAAUUGUGUGUAACAAAGCUUAUAUUUGUUUGGUUUGACAAUAUGAGUUCUAUUUUUCUCAGUUAUAAAACUGUUACAUGGACCACUGUUAAAUAUACAAAAUGGUGCGGUUGAUGACAUUUUGAUCACAUUGAGAAAAUAUGUGGCAAUAGAAAUGCAGUUUUUUACAACUGCAAAUAUUUUAUAAACAGGAUUGAUAUAUGUAUAGUUACAAUAUUUGAACAACAGCACGAUGGUUUAUUCUCUCCAGCCACUUUAAAUGUAACUAUUCAAUAAAAAUCCUAAACUUUUUUUCUAGCUUAAAUAUUUCAGUUUAAUAGCUCCAGACCCUGCUUAUUCAUGCGGUGUAUAAGAGAGCUAGUUAUUCACUGCUAAUUUUGUAAAAAUUAGCACAGCUGCCGUAAAGGUUUGCUUUGUUGGGACAAUGUGAUCUAAAACGGAGAUGCAUUCAUAAACAGGCAAUGGUUCACUUUAUAAAUCAUGUAAUUUCAAUAAUGUUGUAAUUUUAGAUGUGGCAAGCAACAUAGUUUAAGCCAGGGAACAAAUCCUGAGUUAGAACAGUGUAAUAUGUUGUAUAAGUUUGGAGGGUAGAUACAAGACAGUUACUAGAAUAGUUGUGUUUAUUUACAAGUUUGAUCUCAAAGGGAGGUGGAGAACAGGGGGAUAGAUCUCCAGUAUUCUCUCAUUUGAAUUUUGUUUUAGGUAGGUACAGUAGGUAGUUUCUCAGUUAAAUUUUAAGUAAGCAAAACUGGUAAGACUGGCCUAUAUAGUUAAAUACUUAUUCUAAUCAGAUGUGUUCAUUCGUAUGUGUAUAUGCUUUCAACAGUUUGGACACUGAAGCACAUUGUUUCCCUGAUUAUGUUAGUACUACUUUUGUAUAUUAUAAAAAACAUCUUAUUACUGUUUCACUUCUGGAUAACUGUAAUAAUGUGAAAUGUGAUGACAGUGUUGUACUGCUGGGGCCAUAAAUGAUGUGGUAUAAUACAGAAAGUUGCUGCCAGCGUUGCCUUUAGAGGGUGGAAGUAUUUAUAGUUAUUUUAAAUGGUCAAUAGAAAGGAGUUUUUUCAGACUUUUACAUGCAUUGAUAAACAAUUAGAAUUAAAUUUGAAACCCACUAAAAGUGAGAAUACAGGCCAAAUAUGAUGUUAUGCAAUGAACUGUUAUAUGUGUUGAAUAUCUGUACAAUUCAUCUACUGCUUGUCAUUAAAAUGGCUAAUUUUCACAUGUAUUCUUUCCUGUAAACAAACAGAAGACAUUUUCAUGUACAGUGGGAAAUGUGUGCACAGUAAAGCAUCCAGGAAAGCAUUUGCCUGCCCAAAAACAGUUGUAAGGGACCAGGCCUUUCUGUACCCCUUAACUUCCUACCCUAAGAUUUGGGGGAUUUGUUAAAGGGAAAAAAUACAAAGUUGGCACAGUCACAGUUAAGCAUUAGAAAUUUAUUCAGAAUAUAAGAACAUUUGUAAAAGUAUUAUAAAUGCCUCUGUAUAAAUAAAUGCAGUUUGUACAGUUCCAUAUCAAAUAAACACAAAUGGCUAUUUUA